AUGGCGGCGCUAAGCGGCUGCUCUAGCGGGUACACGACCGAGUCCAACGGCAAUGGCCCUGAAACUCCAUUGGAAAGCCCGUACUCGGUGGACGGGCCAUCUCCAUGGUCGGAGGAGGAAUUCGAUUCGUACACAUCAGAGGAGACGGCACAACCGAUCAAGACCGACUCCGAUGACAAGACGCCGCCGGAGUACUCUGACGAUGACAUCAACGAUGAUUCCUUCUACGAGGGCGAGCCGAAAGAUGAGGCCGAGUGGGAGGAGGAUGAAUGCUCCGAUGAGCGCGAGCGGGAGAAGAACAGGGACCAACCGCCGCAGAGCCCAUUCUCUUACUAUGGGGUGUCGUCGGACUCGAACAAGGCAGACAACGAGGCCGACGAUGUCGACGAGGCUGACGACGACGACGAAGAGGAAGUCUCGUUAGCACCCCUGAAGAAGGUUGCUCAGGAAGAAGACGAUGGAGCCCCCCACAAGAAGCGUGUCCGGCAGGAAGAUGAUGGAGCACAGAAGAACGAUGCGGCCGCCAUUAAGAAGAAUAAGUAG